AUGUCGCUUUUGAUAAUGAUGCUGUCCUUGGCGACACAAGUUGCCAGCGAACGAUGUGAGGGGUUUUCUGCGGAUCACUGCAGCGACCCUGCACCGGUUUGCCGGCGCACAAGCUACAUUGAGGCUUGUUCUUGCUCUGAAGGCUACGAGGCCCAGGUGGUGCGGAGAUUGAAUUAUUCUAGUGGCGCUCUUACUCCGUGGGUGGAAUUCGGUUGUUGCCCCAGUGAAAGCGGAUGGGUCUCUGAUUGCGGCCAGGAACAGGAGGCAGUCCUCACAGCUGUUGGGGUCCUGCUUGCCGCAAGCCUAGUGGGCAUUUUGUGGGCCACCAUCAUCAUUAACUGCAGUGUGCCUUUGUUGCCCAACAAAACAGCGAACGAUGCAAGCGUUGAGACUUUACCAGUGACGCUGGACGGCCCCAGGCUGCACGAAAGUGUAGCCAUGAGCGACUGGUGCGUCAGCUUGGAGGACCUGAAGCAGUUCAGACGACUGGUAAUGCACGCUGUCAAGGAUGGCCGCAUCACGCCGACCGAGCGGGACAAGUUUGAUCCAUCAGAUUUGAGGCAUGGACCAUCAAUGUACACGGUAAAUGAGCAGUAUAUCAAGCCAAUCACGGCUGCCGCUGGGCGCGUGAGCUGGGCUUUGAUGAAGCAUCCGGAUGGGCUGCGCUGCGAUUUAUUCAUCACGCACGCUUGGGCUGAGGGGAUCUUCGAGUUUGUUGACAAAGUGGUCAGCUGCUGGCCGCGGCAUGCCGCUGGUGCUUACGUUUGCUUCUUAUCCAACCCACAGAACCUGGACAUUGGACAUUUGAUUGCGAGCCCUGAGAGCUCACCAUUCGCCCAAGCCAUGCAAUCUGCGACUCAGGUUCUAGUCGUGUCGAAUAAGACAUGUAGCAUCUACUCGCGGCUUUGGUGUGUGUAUGAAGCAUUCUUAGCAUAUUCCUGGGAGAAGCCCAUCAACACGGCAAGGACUUUGGCUCCAGGGGCCUUGGCACGAAGAAUCCGCAUUGCAUGCGUUUGUGUGGCAAGCAUGUCGGCGUUCUUGUUGCUCCCGGCGGAGGUUCUGGAUGAUGUACACCUUGGCAUCUUUAGGUUGGUAUUUCGGAUGGCGGCCAUGACUUUUUCCCUUCUCUCCUUGGCCUUGCUGGGAUCACGCGGCCUCCGAAUCUCAGCAAUUCAUGAAGCUGCAGUGCUGGGUGCCGCAGUUUCUUUAGGAUUGUCUUUUGCUUCAGCGAUAGCCCACGAGACCUUUGGAAUGUUCGCCCUCAGAGAUUUUUUGUUCUGUGUGGGUGUAGCCACUGCCCUCGAGAUUGACCGGCAGAACUCUCUACAGGCAUCCAAACAGGUGGAGGAGCUUCAGCGCGGCUUCACGGCCUGUUACAGUGCUUCCUGUUCCUCCUCCUCCGAUGCAGAAGCCAUUUGGGGGCAGAUCCGUGAAAGCAAUCGUGAGGCUGAGGUGGAGGAUGCCGUGUCAGUCUUGCGUUCGAUGAACAUCUUUAGCCGUGAGCUGCACGCAACCGUAGAGCGCACGGGCCCCUUGGGCGAUGCUUCCAUGUGGAACCGAACCGUCGUGGUCGCGAGCAUCAUUUUUUUCUGGGGAUCUGCGCCGAUUAUUCUCUUGGGCCACCAGGAAGAGUUCAGUAUCUCCAACUACUGGCUGGUGCUGCUGACCGUUCUGUCAGCUUUGGAAGCCCCAACAGGCCUGGGCUUGUUUGCGGUGCUUCCCUUGGACAGAAGAGCGUUUGCAGCUCGGGCUCAAAUCAUCUGGGUACUUUUUCUCCCUACUAUCUUCAUACCAAACAGUGCCUACACCUUCACGAGGUGGUUCCUGCAGAUCUUCGUGCUCACCCCUUUGACUCUUGCGAUUUCGGCUUUGGGACCAAGAAGGACAGCCCGGAUUCCUGUCCUUGGCCCAUGCUUCGUGCGCCUGAUCUUCUUUGCGAGUGUCACAAAGUGCCUUCAGAAGAUCGACAAAAAGCGGAGACCGAGUUCCGGCCCUGAGCUGCCUAAGCCGGAGCCAGACUCGUUUAGCAUGUAG